AUGUGCCUUUGGGGUCGCCUCCAUCCAGUACUUGGGCCACAUCAUCUCGGCGGACGGCGUCGCCAUGGACCCCACCAAGGUGCAGGUGGUGCGCGAGUGGCGAUAGCCCCACUCUGCGCGGGCAGUACGCGGCUUCGCCUCGCGGGAUACUACCGCCGGUUCGUGCGCGACUACGGGGCGAUCGCGGCGCCUCUCACCGCCUUGCUGCGCAAGGAGGGCUUCCAGUGGUCCGCCGAGGCCACGACGGCGUUCGAGGCCCUCAAGACAGCGGUCACGUCCACUCUGGUGCUGUGCCUGCCGGACUUCGACCAGCCCUUUGUCGUCGAGUGUGACGCUUCCACUCACGGGUUCGGCGCUGUGCUCCUGCAAGACAAGCACCUGAUGGCAUUCUUCCGCCGACUAGUGGCGCCUCGCCAUCGUUCCCUCGUGGCUUACGAGUGCGAGCUGAUCGGCUUGGUCCACACUAUUCGACACUGGCGACCGUACCUUUGGGGCCGCUGCUUCCUAGUUUGUACUGAUCACUAUAGCCUCAAGUACUUGUUGGAUCAGCGCCUUGCCACCAUUCCACAGCACCACUGGAUCGGCAAGCUCCUGGGGUUCGACUUCGCCGUCGACUACAAGCCAGGUGCUGCGAAUAUCAUCGCCGCGGUCCAUGAGGACGGCCACGAGGGCAUCCAGCGCACGCUGCAUCGGCUGCGCCGUGACUUCCACGCCCCCAACCUCCGACGAACUAUUCAAGACUUCAUCCGCGAAUGCACCACCUGCCAGCGGUACAAAUCUGAACAUCUCCACCCGGCCGGCUUGCUGCUGCCAUUGCUGGUUCCGACGGCGGUUUGGACCGAUCUCGGUCUGGACUUCGUGGAAGCUCUGCCUCGCGUCGGGGGCAAGUCCGUGAUCUUGAUGGUGGUGGAUCGCUUCAGUAAGUAUUGCCACUUUAUUCUGCUCGCUCACCCAUACACGGCCGAGCCUGUGGCGCAGGCGUUCUUCUCCGACAUCGUCAGGCUGCAUGGGGUGCCGCAGUCCCUGCUCUCCGACCGUGACACUAUUUUCACAUCGGCGUUCUGGCGGGAGCUCAUGCGCCUCAUGGGCACGAAGCUGCACAUGACCACAAUGUUCCACCCGCAAUCGGACGGCCAAACCGAAGCGGCCAAUUGGGUCAUCAUCAUGUACCUGCGCUGCUUCACCGGCGAACGUCCGCGGCAAUGGCUUCUUUGGCUUCCCUGGGCGGAGUACACGUACAACACCGCAUACCAGUCAUCGCUCAAGGACACGCCCUUCCGGAUCGUCUAUGGCCCUCAGGCGGUCCAGAAGCGCCACUAUGACAAGGGUCACCGCGAUGUCUCCUACGCCAUCGGCGAUUGGGUUUGGCUACGUCUUCGACAUCGUGCCCCGGCUUCACUACCCUCCGUCACGCGUGGCAAGCUCAAACUUAGGUUCUACGAGCCGUAUCGCGUCAUCGAGUGCAUCAAUGAGGUCGCUGUUCGUCUACAGCUGCCUCCCUGCGCUCGUCUCCAUGAUGUCUUCCAUAUCGGCCUCCUCAAGAAGUAUGUGGGCACACCGCCGGAAGCUCCACCGCCGCUGCCAAACAUCCACCAUGGGGCUGCUGUUCCCGAGCCAGAACGCGCGGUAUGUGCAUGCUUGGCGUGUGGCGUUCUGCAGGUGCUCAUUCAGUGGAAGGGCGAGUCGCCGGUGUCAGCAACUUGGGAGGACAUUGACUCCUUCACUGAGCAACACCCGACGUUCCAGCUCGAGGACGAGCUGCUUCUCCAGGGGGAAGAGAUGUCAUGUGGGGCCGGCAGUACACCCGCCAGAACCGCUGGCCCACAUCUGAUGCCGCCGCCGCAAGCUUGGAAGCUACCGCCGUCCAAGCCUGAAAGAUAG